AUAUCAAACGAAAGAAAUCAAUAAACACAAUAUUCUUUCUUUCAAUUUCUCAUUUCUCAUGGGCAAAUCUCAAGAACUCUAUGCCAAUGGUGACCAGAACUUAGAAGCAAACCUUAUAGAUCAUGAGGUCAGUGAAUCAUUAUCGGUACCUCAAACGAAGAACUGUAAAAGGUGGCUUCGUGUCUCCAUUUACGCAAUAUUUGUCAUCUUCUGCCAACCACUUGCUACAAUUCUGGGUAGAUUGUACUAUGAAAAUGGAGGGAACAGCACAUAUGUGGUAACACUGCUUCAACUCAUUGGCUUCCCUGUACUGGUUCUCUUCCGCUUCUUUUCACGAAUCAGACAACCCAAAUCAACAGAUACAAAUUUCAGUCAGUCCCCUUCCUUCACCACCCUUGCAUCGGUUUACUUGUGCACUGGACUGCUAGUGUCUGCUUAUGCUUAUUUGUCUGCAGUUGGGUUGCUCUACUUACCAGUCUCUACUUUCUCCCUCAUCAUGGCCUCACAGUUGGCCUUCACUGCCUUUUUCUCAUAUUUCCUUAACUCGCAAAAGUUCACUCCAUUGAUAGUCAAUUCUUUGUUUCUCCUUACGGUUUCCUCUGCCCUCCUCGUGGUCAACACUGAUUCAGAAAACACAACAAAUGUAUCUAGAGUACAAUAUGUGAUUGGCUUCAUAUGUACCAUCGGUGCUUCCGCUGGGGUUGGAUUGGUGCUAUCUCUGAUACAACUGCUCUUCAGGAAAAUUUUCACGAAGCAUACAUCUUCAGCAGUCCUGGACUUGGCCAAUUAUCAAUCUCUAGUUGCAACUUGUGUUGUACUCAUAGGACUGUUUGCAAGUGGAGAGUGGAAAACUCUGCCAAGUGAGAUGAGAAACUACAAACUGGGGAAAGUGUCAUAUAUCUUGACUUUGGCCUCAGCAGCUAUUUCCUGGCAAGUAUACACUGUUGGUUGUGUGGGAUUAAUCUUCGAGUCAUCUUCUGUGUUCUCCAAUUCCAUAACUGCUGUCGGGUUGCCUAUAGUUCCAGUUGUAGCAGUGAUAGUUUUCCAUGAUAAGAUGGACGCAUCGAAGAUCUUCUCCAUCAUUUUAGCUAUAUGGGGCUUCCUUUCAUUUUUCCUCCUUGUCCAUCUCCAAGGAGGUGAUUCCACAUCCACCAUGACCGCGGAUCAAGAACUACAAGUCAUCGUUCAGCAGGGAAAAGAACCAAAUCCAACAGUUCAAGAUGAAAGAAAUUCGGUCAGUAGCAGCCAAACAGAAGUAUCUCGCUCUGACACGUACAAACGGUGGCUCCGGGUGACUGUCUAUACAUUCUUUGUCAUUUCAGGUCAAACAGUUGCUACAAUUCUGGGCAGAUUAUACUAUGACAACGGAGGAAACAGUAAAUGGCUAGCAACGGUAGUUCAACUUGUUGGCUUUCCUGUUCUACUUCCAUAUUAUCUCUUGUCAAUUAAAACACAUGCAACAACUCAUAGAGAUGGAAAAAGAACCUCACCUAGGAACCGUGUAUUGGUUUACGUAGUGCUUGGACUUCUUGUAGGAGCAGAUUGCUACCUGUACUCCAUCGGACUUCUUUACUUGCCCGUUUCUACAUAUUCUCUGAUCUGUGCAUCUCAGUUAGCCUUCAAUGCUUUCUUCUCUUAUUUUCUCAACUCACAAAAACUAACUCCUAUCAUUUUGAAUUCUCUUUUCCUCCUAACUAUAUCUUCCACCCUACUUGCGUUCAAUAAUGAGGAGUCAAAUUCCACAAAAGUUACAAAAGGAGAGUAUGUCAAAGGUUUCAUAUGCACAGUUGCUGCGUCUGCUGGGUAUGGCCUAGUCUUAUCCCUACAACAGCUAGCCUUCCUUAAAGUCCUAAAGAGGCAAACUUUCAUAGAAGUUAUGGAUAUGAUAAUCUACGUGAGUCUAGUUGCCAGUGGUGUUAGUGUGGUGGGGCUUUUUGCUAGUAGCGAAUGGAAAACUUUGAGCAGUGAAAUGGAAAACUACAAACUUGGGAAGGUAUCCUACAUUAUGAACCUAGUGUGGACAGCUGUUACCUGGCAGGUAUUCUCCAUCGGUGGCACAGGACUGAUCUUCGAGCUUUCCUCUCUAUUCUCAAAUGCAAUAAGCGUUUUAGGACUCCCCGUGGUUCCAAUCCUGGCUGUAAUCAUUUUCCAUGACAAAAUGAAUGGGUUAAAGAACAUCGUUAGUACCUCCUUGUCCAUCUCAGAGGAGGGGGAUUCCACAUCUACUAUGAAGGGGGAUCAAGAACUACAAGUCAUUGUUCAGCAGGCAAAAGAACCAAUUCCAACAGAUCAGGACGAAAAAAGUUCUGUCAGUGGCAGCCAAACAAAAGUUUCUCACUCUACAUACAAACGGUGGCUGCGGAUGGCUGUCUAUACAUUCUUUGUCAUUUCAGGCCAAUCAGUUGCUACAAUUCUGGGCAGACUAUACUAUGACAAUGGAGGAAACAGCAAAUGGCUAGCAACAGUAGUUCAGGUUGUAGGCUUUCCUAUUCUACUUCCAUAUUAUCUCUUGUCAGUCAAAACACAUACAACAACUCAUAGAGAUGGCAAAAUAACCUCACUUAGGAACCGUGCAUUGGUUUACAUAGUGCUUGGACUUCUUGUAGUAGCAGCUUGCUACCUAUACUCCAUUGGACUGCUUUACCUACCUGUUUCUACCCUUUCCCUGAUCUGUGCAUCACAGUUAGCCUUCACCGCGUUCUUCUCUUAUUUACUCAACUCACAAAAACUUACUCCUAUCAUUUUGAAUUCUCUUUUCCUCCUCACUAUUUCUUCCACCCUACUUGCAUUUAAUAGUGAGGAAUCAAAUUCCAAAAAGGUUACAAAAGAAGAGUAUGUCAAAGGUUUCAUAUGCACCGUUGGUGCAUCUGCUGGUUUUGGUCUACUCUUAUCCCUACAACAGCUAGCCUUCCGUAAAGUUUUAAAGAAGCAAACUUUCUCAGAAGUUAUGGAUCUGAUAAUUUACAUGAGUCUAGUGGCCAGUUGUGUUAGUGUGGUGGGUCUUUUUGCUAGUAGCGAGUGGAAAACUUUGAGCAAUGAAAUGGAAAACUACAAACUUGGGAAGGUAUCCUAUGUCAUGAACCUAGUGUGGACAGCUGUUACCUGGCAGGUAUUCUCCAUUGGUGGCACAGGACUGAUCUUCGAGCUUUCCUCCCUAUUCUCAAAUGCAAUCAGCGCUUUGGGACUCCCCGUGGUUCCUAUCCUGGCUCUCAUCAUUUUCCAUGACAAAAUGAACGGGUUAAAGGUGAUUUCUAUGAUCCUAGCUAUUUGGGGUUUCGUAUCCUAUGUCUACCAACAAUAUCUUGAUGAAGAAAACUUGAAGAAAAGUCAUGGAAUCCCAACAACAGAAUCCCCUGACCCACCUGAAGCAGAAGGGUCAAGUGAGCAAUCAAAAUAAGCUGUUAUUUCAAAGAGAGUGUCACACAGUUUACAGACUAAAGCAAGCUGAUCGAGUAAACUUACUUUUCUUUAUUGGCCUGAAGGCAGCCUACAAUGAAGAAUAAACAUAAUAGAUUUGU